AAACUACUGAAACGUGUGUCCUUCUCUAUUUCAAAAUGUCCUUCAUAAAAUAUGCUCCAGAAUGUCAUUUUUCAUACCAAAACUUGCCUUAUGGCGUAUUUUCAACUGCUGCAAAUGAUACGAGAAGAAUUGGAGUUGCUAUUGGUGACCAGAUCUUAGAUUUAUCAGUAGUAAAGCAUUUAUUUACGGGUCCUAUCCUUGCCAAGAAUCAACAUGUAUUUGAAAAGUCCCUACUUAAUGAUUUUAUGGAUAUGGGAAGAUCAGCCUGGAAGGAAGCCAGACAAACUCUCCAGAAAAUUCUCUCAGAGGCUGAAGGUGUAUUGCGAGAUGACGCCAACCUUAGAAAGAGUGCCUUUGUGAACCAGUCUGAAGCUACUAUGCAUCUUCCAGUGAGAAUUGGUGACUAUACAGACUUCUACUCAUCUAAAAACCAUGCCUUUAAUGUAGGCAGCAUGUUCCGAGGCCCAGAAAACGCCCUCAUGCCAAACUGGACACAUAUGCCAGUUGGUUACCAUGGUAGAUCAUCUUCAGUAGUAGUAUCAGGAACUCCAAUCAGACGUCCUAAUGGACAGACAAGACCAGAUGAUACCAAGCCUCCAGUAUUUGGUCCCUGUAAACUGAUGGAUAUUGAACUAGAGAUGGCGUUUAUUUGUGGCAGUCGGUCAACUCAUGGUGACCCUAUUCCUAUUUCUAAAACUGAAGAUCAUAUUUUCGGUAUGGUACUCAUGAACGACUGGAGUGCUCGCGACAUCCAGAAGUGGGAAUAUGUUCCUUUGGGACCAUUUUUAGGCAAGAAUCUAGGAACUACUAUAUCUCCGUGGAUAGUGAGCAUGGAAGCUUUAGAACCAUUUAAACUGCCCAAUACUCUACAAGACCCUACACCUCUAUCAUACCUACAACACAAUGACUCUUACAACUUUAAUAUUAAUCUAGAAGUUUCUUUAAAAUGUGAAGAACUCCCCAAUCCUGCCACAAUCAUAAAGAGUAACUUUAAGUACCAGUAUUGGACAAUGAAACAACAACUUGCUCAUCACACUGUAACUGGUUGUAAUAUUAACAGUGGCGAUUUGAUGGGCUCUGGAACCAUUAGUGGAGAGACAGAAGAUUCAUUUGGUAGUAUGUUAGAACUGUGUUGGGCUGGGAAGAAGACUACUGACCUGGGAAAUGGGGUCACAAGGAAAUUCCUUAAAGACGGAGACGAAGUAAACAUUACUGGUUUCUGUGCUGGAGAUGGAUAUGUGGUUGGUUUUGGAGAAUGUACAGGCAAGAUCCUGCCUGCUCAUCAGAUGUAAACCUUACUAUUAUUAGAUUUAACUCAAGUGCAUUGUUGAACAUAUUCAGCCAUAAAACAAAGAUUGAAUUAAAGUUUUCAAUGACUUCCCUUCCUUCCUCCUGAUACCGCUAUACAACUGGGCAAGUCAACUCUCUGAAGAUGGAAUUCAUUGAAAGCUUGAAGUUCAGAUCUUUGCCAGCCUUAAUUUAGGAGCAGCUAUCAUUUUAUAUUGGUUGUGAGAAAUGAGAAAUAUUUCGUUUCUUUUUUUAUUAUUGAAUUAUCUAACAAAUUAGUCUGUUUUGUGCAAGUGGUUGUUUUUGUUGUUUUUGUAUUAAAGAGUAUUAAAGAGGUGUUCUAGCUAUGGUAUGUGUAUCAUGCUAGUUUUUUAAAUGCAGCGAUUUGAUUGGAUUAUCCGCUAUCAAAUACAACCAAUCAUAGUCCUGGACAGAAAGUCUGUGAACACAAAGCCAUAAUGUUGUCAGACAACUUCUAUCUAGGGCUCUGAUUGGCUAUAUUCGCUAGCAUACAAUCCAAUCAAAUCACUGCAUGUUUUCGAUACAAGAAUAGUGGCUAUUGCAGUCAAGGUAUCAAUAGGAAUUCCGUAAUAGCAUGACAUUGUAAAGAUGUGGGAUCCCUGAUACACAUACAGAGGCUAGAAAACUUUUUCAGUUUGUUUUGUCUUCUAU